CACGCGAGCUGCGGCCUCCGCCCAGGCGGGGGGCGUCGGCGCUGGGCCCGCCAUGGCCGCGUCCGAGCUCUACACCAAGUUUGCCAGGGUUUGGAUACCUGAUCCCGAAGAAGUGUGGAAGUCAGCAGAGUUGCUCAGAGAUUAUAAGCCUGGAGAUAAGGUGCUCCUGCUUCGCCUGGAGGAAGGGAAGGAUUUGGAAUACCGUCUAGAUCCAAACACCAAGGAACUGCCUCAUUUACGGAACCCUGACAUACUUGUUGGAGAAAAUGACCUCACGGCCCUCAGCUACCUUCACGAGCCUGCUGUGCUGCAUAAUCUCCGAGUUCGCUUCAUUGACUCCAAACUUAUUUAUACAUAUUGUGCUGUGACUCAGCUACCAUUUGGUGCCAAGUAUCCUCCUUAUAUAAUAGGCGUGGUGGAUGAACGAAAUCAGUCCAUCAUUGUCAGCGGAGAGUCAGGCGCAGGAAAGACAGUCUCUGCUAAGUAUGCCAUGAGAUACUUUGCAACUGUAAGUGGUUCUGCCAGUGAGGCCAAUGUCGAGGAAAAGGUCUUGGCCUCCAACCCCAUCAUGGAGUCAAUUGGAAAUGCUAAGACAACCAGGAAUGACAAUAGCAGCCGGUUUGGGAAAUACAUUGAAAUUGGUUUUGAUAAGAGAUAUCGAAUCAUCGGUGCCAAUAUGAGAACUUACCUUUUAGAGAAAUCCAGAGUGGUGUUCCAGGCAGAAGAGGAGAGAAACUACCAUAUCUUCUAUCAACUCUGUGCUUCAGCAAAGUUACCUGAGUUUAAAAUGCUGCGAUUAGGAAAUGCAGAUAGUUUUCAUUACACGAAGCAAGGAGGCAGCCCUGUGAUCGAAGGAGUGGACGACGCGAAGGAGAUGGCGCACACCAGGCAGGCCUGCACUCUGCUUGGAAUUAGUGAAUCUUACCAAAUGGGAAUUUUUCGAAUACUCGCUGGCAUCCUUCAUUUAGGCAAUGUCGGAUUUGCAUCUCGAGAUUCAGACAGCUGCACAAUACCUCCCAAGCACGAGCCUCUUAUCAUCUUCUGUGACCUCAUGGGAGUGGCUUAUGAAGAGAUGUCUCACUGGCUCUGCCACCGAAAGCUGGCUACUGCCACAGAGACAUACAUCAAGCCCGUCUCCAAGCUGCAGGCUACAAAUGCCCGAGAUGCUUUAGCAAAGCACAUCUAUGCAAAGCUCUUUAAUUGGAUUGUGGAUCACGUCAAUCAGGCUCUCCACUCUGCUGUCAAGCAGCACUCUUUCAUUGGCGUCCUAGACAUUUAUGGAUUUGAAACAUUUGAGAUAAAUAGUUUUGAACAGUUCUGCAUAAAUUAUGCAAAUGAAAAACUACAGCAACAAUUCAACAUGCAUGUCUUCAAAUUGGAACAGGAGGAAUAUAUGAAGGAACAAAUUCCAUGGACACUGAUAGACUUUUAUGAUAAUCAGCCUUGCAUCAAUCUUAUAGAAUCUAAACUGGGCAUUCUAGAUUUGCUGGAUGAGGAGUGUAAGAUGCCUAAAGGCACAGAUGACACAUGGGCCCAAAAACUAUACAACACACAUUUGAACAAAUGUGCCCUCUUUGAGAAGCCCCGCAUGUCAAACAAAGCUUUCAUCAUCAAACAUUUUGCUGACAAAGUGGAGUACCAGUGUGAAGGCUUUCUUGAAAAGAAUAAAGACACCGUUUUUGAAGAACAAAUUAAAGUCCUUAAAUCAAGCAAGUUCAAGAUGCUACCAGAACUAUUUCAAGAUGAUGAGAAGGCCAUCAGUCCCACCUCUGCCACCUCCUCAGGGCGUACACCUCUCACCCGAGUUCCGGUGAAGCCCGCCAAAGGCCAACCUGGCCAGACGGCCAAAGAGCACAAGAAAACUGUGGGACAUCAGUUUCGAAACUCCCUCCACCUGCUUAUGGAAACCCUUAACGCUACUACUCCUCACUAUGUACGCUGUAUUAAGCCUAAUGAUUUCAAGUUUCCAUUCACAUUUGAUGAGAAGAGGGCAGUGCAGCAGCUGAGAGCAUGUGGUGUCCUGGAGACCAUCCGAAUCAGCGCAGCAGGCUUUCCCUCACGGUGGACUUACCAAGAGUUUUUCAGCCGGUACCGGGUCCUAAUGAAGCAAAAAGAUGUGCUGGGAGAUAGGAAGCAAACAUGCAAGAAUGUAUUAGAGAAGCUGAUAUUGGACAAAGACAAAUACCAGUUUGGUAAGACAAAAAUUUUUUUCCGUGCUGGUCAAGUGGCCUAUCUAGAAAAACUAAGGGCUGACAAACUGAGGGCUGCCUGCAUCCGGAUCCAGAAAACCAUUCGUGGGUGGCUGCUAAGGAAGAAAUACCUAUGCAUGCAGAGGGCAGCCAUCACCGUGCAGCGAUAUGUGCGGGGCUAUCAGGCUCGAUGCUAUGCUAAGUUUCUGCGCAGAACCAAGGCAGCAACCACCAUUCAGAAGUACUGGCGCAUGUAUGUGGUCCGCAGGAAGUACAAGAUCAGACGAGCUGCCACUAUUGUUCUUCAGUCUUAUUUGAGAGGCUACUUGGCAAGAAAUAGGUAUCGCAAGAUACUCCGCGAGCACAAAGCAGUCAUCAUUCAGAAACGUGUCCGUGGCUGGCUGGCUCGUACACAUUACAAGAGGACCAUGCAGGCCAUCAUCUACCUUCAGUGUUGCUUCCGGCGGAUGAUGGCCAAGCGCGAGCUGAAGAAACUGAAAAUCGAGGCUCGCUCAGUGGAACGCUACAAGAAGCUCCAUAUUGGCAUGGAAAACAAGAUCAUGCAGCUGCAGCGCAAAGUGGAUGAACAGAAUAAAGACUACAAAUGCCUCAUGGAGAAACUGACCAAUCUGGAAGGAGUAUACAACUCUGAGACUGAGAAACUACGAAAUGAUGUAGAACGUCUUCAGCUAAGUGAGGAGGAAGCUAAGGUUGCCACUGGGCGGGUCCUUAGUCUGCAGGAAGAAAUUGCCAAACUCCGCAAAGACCUAGAACAAACUCAGUCAGAGAAAAAAACCAUCGAAGAACGAGCAGAUAAAUACAAACAAGAAACUGAGCAGCUGGUGUCAAACUUGAAGGAAGAAAACACUUUGCUGAAGCAGGAAAAGGAGACCCUCAAUUACCGCAUUGUGGAGCAGGCAAAGGAGAUGACAGAAACGAUGGAGAGGAAGUUAGUAGAAGAGACAAAACAACUGGAGCUUGACCUGAACGAUGAAAGGCUGAGGUACCAGAACCUUCUCAAUGAGUUCAGUCGCCUGGAGGAGCGCUACGAUGACCUCAAGGAAGAGAUGACGCUGAUGCUGAACGUUCCUAAGCCAGGACAUAAGAGAACAGAUUCUACUCACAGCAGUAAUGAGUCUGAAUACACCUUCAGCUCUGAAUUCCCAGAAACUGAAGACAUUGCACCAAGGACAGAGGAGCCAAGUGAGAAGAAGGUGCCUCUGGAUAUGUCAUUGUUCCUUAAGCUCCAGAAGCGUGUCACAGAGCUGGAACAGGAGAAGCAGUUGAUGCAGGAUGAGCUGGACCGAAAGGAGGAGCAGGUGUUCCGCAGCAAGGCAAAGGAAGAAGAAAGACCACAAAUUAGAGGUGCCGAACUAGAAUAUGAGUCCCUCAAGCGUCAAGAACUGGAGUCAGAAAACAAAAAACUGAAAAAUGAGCUGAAUGAGUUACGCAAAGCCCUCAGUGAGAAAAGUGCCCCGGAAGUGACUGCACCGGGUGCUCCUGCCUACCGUGUCCUUAUGGAACAGCUGACCUCCGUGAGCGAGGAGCUCGAUGUCCGCAAGGAAGAAGUCCUCAUCUUACGGUCUCAGCUGGUGAGCCAGAAAGAAGCCAUCCAACCCAAGAAUACAAUGACAGAUUCCACAAUACUUUUGGAAGAUGUACAGAAAAUGAAAGACAAAGGUGAAAUAGCACAAGCAUAUAUUGGUUUGAAAGAAACAAACAGAUCAUCUACUAUGGAUUACCAGGAGUUGAAUGAGGAUGGAGAGCUCUGGCUGGUUUAUGAAGGGUUAAAACAAGCCAACAGGCUCUUGGAAUCCCAGCUACAGUCGCAAAAGAGGAGCCAUGAGAAUGAGGCUGAGGCCCUCCGAGGGGAGAUCCAGAGCCUGAAGGAAGAAAAUAACCGGCAACAGCAGCUGCUGGCCCAGAACCUGCAGCUGCCCCCGGAGGCCCGCAUUGAGGCCAGCCUGCAGCAUGAGAUCACCCGGCUGACCAAUGAAAACUUGGAUCUGAUGGAACAACUUGAAAAGCAGGAUAAAACUGUCCGGAAACUGAAGAAACAACUGAAAGUCUUUGCCAAGAAAAUUGGUGAACUAGAAGUGGGUCAGAUGGAGAACAUAUCUCCAGGACAGAUCAUUGAUGAGCCCAUCCGGCCAGUCAACAUUCCCCGGAAAGAAAAGGAUUUCCAAGGAAUGCUGGAGUACAAAAGGGAGGAUGAGCAGAAGCUUGUUAAGAACCUGAUUCUAGAACUGAAGCCACGUGGUGUGGCUGUCAAUCUGAUUCCAGGGUUACCAGCAUAUAUCUUGUUUAUGUGUGUGCGACAUGCCGACUACCUGAACGAUGAUCAGAAAGUGAGGUCAUUGCUGACAUCAACAAUUAACAGCAUCAAAAAAGUCUUGAAGAAGCUUGAGCGUGAGGCAUAUGUUAGGUCAUCUGGUUAUUCAAUCACCCCAAUUUGGAGUCUUCUUAAGGAAGACAGAGUACAUGAAGAGGUUUGUUCUGCAGACGGAGCUGUGUCUGAAGUUGCGGAAGCCAGAAGCACAUUCCAGUACAAUGUCAGUCAACUGGAGGAAUGGCUGCGUGACAAGAAUCUGAUGAACAGUGGGGCCAAAGAGACACUGGAGCCUCUUAUUCAGGCCGCUCAGCUUUUGCAAGUGAAGAAGAAAACUGAUGAUGAUGCAGAAGCCAUAUGCUCCAUGUGCAAUGCCCUGACCACUGCCCAGAUCGUCAAGGUGUUGAAUCUGUACACACCCGUCAAUGAGUUUGAAGAAAGGGUCUCUGUUUCAUUUAUCCGCACUAUACAGAUGCGAUUACGAGACAGAAAAGACUCUCCGCAGCUACUCAUGGAUGCUAAACACAUCUUUCCUGUCACUUUUCCCUUUAACCCAUCCUCCCUGGCCCUAGAAACCAUCCAGAUCCCAGCCAGCCUUGGCCUGGGCUUCAUUGCACGGGUUUAAAGUGCUGUCCGGGCAUACGUAGAAAAUGCAUUUCUCUUCUGAAUUUGAACAAUUUCCAGAGAGCUACUGAAAAUACAUUUUUAAAGAAGUACUGAUUGUCUUUAAAAGAAGAUGUCAUUAACUGGAAAUCUCCCUAGAAUCCUUUUGCUUGGGAAGAGACUCCUUACGUUGUGUUACCUUAAAUCAACAUUCAUUGAUCAGUUGGGAAUCCUGAAUUUACAUACAGCUGAAUGAUGGCAGGGAGGAAUGAAAGGAAGGGCAAAAAGUGUGUGUCUUCAGCUGACAGCAUUUAUUUUACAUCUUUAGUGCUGCAUUUAAGUGGCAUAUAGAAAUACAAUUCCAUACGUAUGAACUGUUGUUAACAAGGCACAAAGAACUGAAAGAAAAAUCACCACUGAAUACAUAUCAUAUCAGCUUAGGAGCCAAUCAUGUUGAUAUUGUCAAACUGGAUCAAAAAAAUAAACUGGCAAUAUGUAAAGUAACUGGCCAAGUAACUUCCUUAUUUGUGUCACUAUGGCACAGCGAUAUGAAAGAUGCUGGUUUGCUAGAUAGCAUAGAUGCCCUUUUGUACUGUAGCUUACUGAGCAUCUUAAAUUGCUGCUACAUGGUGUCUCCUGAUGUGAUAGUCUUACUAGGCACCACAUAAUAAGCUUCUGUUUUAUCCUCUCUGUUUACGAUUCAACCAGAUUAGUUCUAACUGGAUUAUAUGCAAUUAUCCACAGGCUCAUCUGCAGAAGUAGCAGACACUGGAAGAGUUGUGCAGUAAUAGGACAAGACGCUUGGUGUUAGGUGUAGAGCUAGACAGAGUGGCUGUUUAUGUCAUUGCUGACCAGGAUGUAUUGCUCGAUAUGCUAGUUAAUUCCAUCUGUGUGAAUGUUGCGUCAUGGGAUAGUGUUCUGUAAACUUAUUAUUUUUAGUUCCCAGAUCUGAUUCUUGCCAUGCAUAUGUUCAACCUUGACCAAUUUUCUUUGUAAUUUAUUACGUGUUAGUUAGCCUCAGUCACUAUCUAGAAAGGACUAUCAGAGUAUUUAUAACUCAGACCUCGAAACUUUGAUUAUCCUGUAAGUUAUUUUAAAAGGCAUAUAAUAAAUCAUUGUAAUUCAGGGGGUUUGGGUGUUGAAACCUCUAUAAAUUUUCUCAGAUACCACUGGAUACUUUAAAAACAUCAUAUUAUAAAUAC